AAAAAAUUCUCUUUGCUAAUAAAAUGGUGCACAAAUGGUAGUAUAGAUACUGGAUUUUUUUUUUAUACUAGUAAUGGUGGCGGCGAUCAGCGACUUAUAGUGGGACUGCAGGACUAUGGUGGGCAUUCUGACACUUGGGGGGGAACUGUCACUAACAUCCCCAGUGACACCAAUAUAGUGACCAGUGCUAAUAAAAAGCACUGUCAUGUUACUAAUGAUACCGGUCAGGAAGGGGUUAACAUCUGGGGCGAUCAAAGGGUUAACUGUGUGCUGUUUUACUGUUUCUCCUUCCUGUCAGCUCGGGUACACUGCUUUGGAUGGCUGUGCACAGCACAACCAUCCAAAGCAGUGUGCUUACAGUGAAGCACA